UUUCUAAUGCUUAUCUGACUAAUUUUUGAAACUAUCUGACACGUUUCUGACAUAUCUGGUACGGCUGUAGAGACGAAAGUGUAUUCAGUUUACGUUUUCAGUUAGCGAGUAAAUGAAUUUCGAAAGUGACUGUGACAUUUCUGAAAACUGUUUCAGUUGUGACCGUAUUGACUUGUGAACUUAGUGAAGUGCCAGUGGGAUUUGUUAAAGGCUAAACACACCAAAGAUUUACAAGAUGAAUCAAAAGUGCAAAGUGUGCGGGGAGCCGGCUGCGGGGUUCCACUUCGGAGCGUUCACAUGCGAGGGCUGCAAGUCCUUCUUCGGGCGGUCCUACAACAACCUGAACUCAAUCACCGAGUGCAAGAACAACGGGGAAUGCGUCAUAAACAAAAAGAACCGAACGGCGUGCAAAGCGUGUCGACUUCGCAAGUGUCUCAUGGUCGGAAUGUCAAAAUCCGGCUCCAGAUACGGGAGAAGAUCUAACUGGUUCAAAAUACACUGCCUUCUGCAAGAACAACAACAAGCUGCCCAAUCGCAUUCGCCCCCCAGACUGCCGCAAUCUCCUCAUCUUGCACCGCCGUUUCCACCUCAUCUCUUCCCUGGACUUGCGCGACCUAGGACAAAAGAAGAGCUGGCUCUAUUAGGCCUUGAUGACUACAAAGCUCCCUGCUCCGGAUCCCCAGAUUCUCAUCGAAGUGGAUCAUCCCCCAAGCUAGACGAAAAGGCUCGGAUAACUCAAUGUAGACCCCCUGAUAGACCUUUGACGCCUCCUAGAGAUUCCUUCCUCCCUUUACCUUUAGCCUUGCCCCACUUCCCACAUUCACCUUUCCUACACCCGCAGCACUUUAACCCGUUCCCACAAAAUCAUCAUCACUUACUCUUUCCACCAGGGUUCCACCCACUUUACUCUAGACAUUUAUUAGAUCACGCAGCGCUUAGACAAGUGGCUGAAAAUAACAACGAUGUAAGAAUCGAUGACAAUAACACUGAUUCUUCGAAGCGAUUCUUCUUGGAUGAGAUUCUUAAGCAGCAGCGGUCUAUACAACCAACCCCACAAGAAGAUGUGAUAUCUGAAGCAGAGUUUGUACCGACUCCUCCAGCUGAGAGGAGAACAUCUGAAUCUCCUCUGCAAGAGAACCCGAUGGAUCUGUCCGUGAAGUCUGAUGGUAGAUCGAGUUCUGCGCGACGGCGUUCUGACGACAGUGAGAUUAUAACUCCCGAUAAUGAUGAUCCUGAAUCCGGGAGUGACCGAGCAUCUGCCAGUGAAGAAGAAGAUUUGUCGUUCUCCCAAAUAAAGAGGAUCAAACUCCACCCCUUAGAUCUGACAACCAAAGUCUGAUGCCAUUUAAAGGAGGCGCUAUUAUAGCGUUUUUAUGACUUUAAUUUUUUUGUCACCAUAUUGGUGGCCAGUAAAUCGUAUGGUGGUUAUAAAUAAGAUGUAGAGACUUGGGGAAGUCAGUUUUGUGAAUUGUUAUCGAUUGAAUAAAGAGUCUAUCCAAAUACGUAUCUUAAGUAGUUAGUUAAUGAAAUGUUAUUGGUACUUAAACCCCGGUUGAAGGAUGUACAAAUUGUGUGUAAAUACUAAAUUAUUUGUACUGUAAGAUUUAGGUUAGUUAGCUGGUUUUAAUAAAAUGCAAAAAUGGACCAAUUGUUGCAUCCAAUUUUUAACGGA